AUGGGAGUCGAAGCCCUGCACGGGUCAACUGGCAGCUUCAACGCUUUCUUCGACAGAGUCCGCCCUCACCGCGGUCAACGAGAAGCCGCUGCGAAUAUCCGCCUGUUCCUCACCGGUUCUCAGCUUGCUCACCCUGAGCAAGAAGAUGAAGAAAACCGCAUAGGUCUUAAGCAAGAUCGCUACGCUCUUCGCACAUCACCUCAAUGGAUCGGCCCUCAGCUCGAAGACCUCGCUUUAGCGCACGAGCAAAUCACCGUCGAAUGCAAUUCGACAACCGACAAUCCUCUCAUCGACAUCGAGGGUGGCGCCAUUCAUCACGGAGGAAAUUUUCAGGCAGCCUCUAUCACUUCGGCUAUGGAGAAAACACGCUCUUGCCUGCAAAUGUUCGGCCGGAUGCUUUUUUCUCAGUGCACUGAGCUCAUCAAUCCGGCUAUGAACAACGGACUGCCACCCAAUCUUGCGGCUGAUGACCCGAGCACGAGUUACACGAUGAAAGGUGCAGAUAUCAACGUUGCAGCCUAUAUGUCUGAACUAGCAUACCUGGCAAACCCCGUAAGCAGCCACGUGCAGACGGCAGAAAAUGGCAACCAGGCGAUCAACUCGCUGGCACUGGUCUCGGCGCGAUACACCCACAUGGCCAUCGAUUGCUUGUCGAUGAUCUGUGCAACGUAUUUGUACAUCUUGUGUCAAGCCUUGGACAUUAGGGCUAUGGAUCGUGGCUACCUCAGUGCCAUCGGUCCUGCUGUCAACGAAAUCACUGCGCACAUCUUCGAAACUGCGCUUAGCGAUGCCACCAAUGCGACUGCUUUGAAUCAGCUGCAAUCGAAAUUGCUGGAGCAAGUUGUGAGGCAGUAUAGUCUCACGACCUCUCUAGACACUAGUGACCGCUUCAGCGCAAUCGCCGAGGCCGUGCAGUCCACCUUGACAACAGCCCUUUACACCGACGGCAGCCUGCCAAAGCAAUUCGAUGCUCUAUCAGCCAUCAAGCGGUGGACGGAUCAGACGUCGACGACUCUCCACAAUCUCUUCCUCCAGCAUCGACAAGCCUACUUUACCGCUCCGGACGCCACCCCGUACCUCGGGACCGCAUCAUCACGCAUGUACAGCUACGUCCGCAAAGAUUUGCAAGUGCCCUUCCACAAAGGCUUGGCGGAUCACCCAACCAAGGAUAACAAGCUGAAGACGCUUGGCUCGAACAUCAGCAUCAUCCAUGAGGCUAUGAGGAGUGGACGACUGUACGAUCCUGUUCUAUCGUGUCUGGGAGCGCAUCCGUGA